AUGGCUUCACCCUUUGCGUUUGGAACUCCGGCAUCGAGCGGCGCGUCGAAUAACAACACGACAUCAUCGGCACCCGCGUCUGGAGGAGUGUUUGGCUCUGCCAACAACGCUGGUGGUGCUGUGGCGCCCCUCAAUUUUGGAUUUGGUACCGCUGGUGCUGCGAACAACACAGCUGGCGCACCCAAGGCUGCUGGCGUUUUCGGCAGUGCUGCAUCCACGAGCCCCGCGACACCUUCGGGAGGCAUCUUUGGCGGCAACUCCACGACAACUUCUACUGCUGGCGGUAUCUUCGGCGCGAAGCCUACUUCAACAGCGCCCGCGAGCGGCGGUGUGUUUGGUGGCGGGGCUGCUGCUCCUGCUUCCGGUGCGCUGUUCGGCAGCGCAAACAAUGCCGCAGCAAAGCCCGCAGGAAAUCUCUUUGGAAGCGGUGUUUCUACCCCGGCCACCGCUGCGGGAGGCGGUAUUUUCGGCCAGCCUGCGUCGACGAGCCAAGGUCAAGCUGCCACGCCCACAACAACAGCACCCGCAACCUCAACGCCGUUUGGUGGCGGGGCUGCUGCAACGCCUUCAUCUUCUGCUCCCCUGUUCGGAAGCAACCUAGCUGCGCCUGGCGCAGCUGCAUCUACUGCUACUCCGGCGAAGCCCAUGUUCUCUCUACCAUCAACAACACCUGCUGGAGCACCGCCUGCUGCUGGCGGCGCCGGCGGCGCACUUUUUGGCGGUGCCAAACCUGCUGGUAGUGGUGGGUUGUUCGGUGCAAAGACCAGCGGUACUGAUGCUGCAGCCACGUCUGCUACGACGGCACCUGCAAGCACCGGACUUUUCAGUGGCCAAGCCGCAUCUAGUGCCGGAGGUCUUUUCAGCGGGGCAAAACCAGCUGCUUCUCCCUCGUCUGGGUUCUUUGGCAACGCUGCUGGCGCCACUGCUACUACACAACCCGCAGCUACGCCAGCCGCCGCCGCCGCCGCACCAACCGGAGCUUCUUCUCUAUUCGGCGCUAAGCCUGUGGCUGGGUCUACAUCUGCUGCGUCAACUCCCACAACCGCGACUGCGCCGCCUAGCUCCGGUGGCCUCUUCGGCGGUGGCGGAGCUGCUACUGCUACGACCACCACGGCACCGGCUGCUACGACAACAUCAGCCGCCGGUGGUCUUUUUGGCGCCAAGCCUGCUGCUACUGCGGCAACGACAAGUGCAGCCACGAGUACUGCUGGUGCCUUAUUUGGCGGCGCAAAGCCUGCUACCGACGCUGCCAAGCCUACGUCAUCUCUUUUUGGAGGGCAGCCUGCGACUACUGCAGCCACCGCGGCUUCGACAACUACACCGGCUUCAACCACUGGCGCUUCUGCCCUGUUCGGCGGAGCUAAGCCAGCCACAGAUGCCGCAAAACCCGCCACGCAGACACCAACAGGCACGACUUCUACUAGUGCACUUGGCGCUUCUACUACUGGGCCCCCCUCGCAAAUCGCCAGACUCAAAAACAAGACAAUGGAGGAUAUCGUCACUCGAUGGGCAUCAGACUUGACCAAGUAUAAGAAGGAAUUCAAGGAGCAGGCCGCAACAGUGUCUACUUGGGACAGGAACCUGGUUGACAAUGGCGAGAAGAUUCAGAAGCUGUACCUAGACACAUACGAAGCUGAGCGCGCCAGCCAUGAAAUCGAGAGGCAGCUUGCCGCCGUGGAGAGUCAACAAGAGGAAUUGGAAGCUUGGCUCAGCCGCUACGAGUCUGAAGUCCAGGAUAUGUUUGCCAAGCAGCUUGGUCCUGGCGAGCAUCUGGCCGGUCCAGACCAAGAGCGGGAGCGCACAUACAAGCUGGCCGAGAAGCUCACACAACAGCUGGACGAAAAGUCUCGCGACCUGUCCAAGAUGGUGAAGGAGAUCAAUGAUAUUUCAGGAACUCUGAGCAAGGGUGCCAAGGCCGAGGAUCCGCUGAGCCAAAUUGUGCGUGUUCUCAACGGCCACCUCACACAGCUUCAGUGGAUCGACGCCAACGCGACGGCACUACAAGUUAAGGUGGCGUCAGCGCAAAAGUCUAGCAACGGCAUGGCCAACAACUAUGCUGGUGUGGAGAGCGACGCUGCCGAGGGCUUUUAUCGUGCUUACACGGGACGCAGGUGA